UUAGAUCAUACACGAUGAACCUGUUAUUCGAUCUAAAAUCUGAAAAUCUUAAAGAAACACUCUCUUAUCUUUUCUAUGAAUGUAUGACAAGGUACGAUGGUGAUUUUCAGAGUGACAAUGAAUCGGCCAUUUUUCCAACUCCAUUCUUCCUUGCAAGUAGUGCAGGAUCUGCUUAUAAUGAAUCUUAUACAUUAUUCGAAGGAACUUCUGAAAACUUUACUUCAAAUGAUUAUAAUCAAACUUUCUGUCCACUUACAUUCGAUGGGUAUCUUUGUUGGCCACCAACAUUGGCAGGGACUGUACAAUCCCUAAACUGUCCUGACUUUGUGGAAGGCUUCAAUACAAAUUUCUUGGCGCACAAAACCUGUCUUGAAAAUGGCAGUUGGUAUCAUCAUCCCGAUAGUGGUCAGGAGUGGUCUAACUAUACAAACUGCAUAGAUUAUGAUGACCUUAAGUUCCGAUCAUUUGUUAAUGAACUAUAUGUCAAGGGAUAUGGAGUCUCUUUGCUUGCGUUAGUUUUUUCUUUAAUGAUAUUCUUAGGAUUCAGAUCAUUGCGUUGCACAAGAAUACGUAUCCAUGUCCAUUUAUUUACGUCUCUAGCUUUAACAUGCAUCGCUUGGAUUGUUUGGUACAAAAUGGUUGUAGAAAGACCUCAAGACAUUCGUGAUAACCCAGAAUGGUGUAUUGGACUUCAUUUGGUUGUGCAUUACUGUAUGCUGGUUAACUACUUUUGGAUGUUCUGUGAAGGACUGCACUUGCAUCUGGUGUUGGUUGUGGUUUUUGUAAAAGAUACUGUUGUAAUGCGAUGGUUUAUUUUGUUCGGAUGGCUAUCACCUCUGGUUUUUCUUGCUGGUUAUGCAGCAGUGCGAUUCUAUCAUCCUACAGAUUCAGCACAUCACUGUUGGAUGUCGGAAAGUGAAAGCAUGUGGAUUUUAACAAUUCCAGUCUGUCUAUCACUUAUGUCUUCGUUUGUGUUCCUUAUUAAUGUACUAAGAGUGAUUGUUAGAAAACUUCAUCCAAAAUCAGCUCAACCGGCUCCGUUGGCCAUUCGGAAAGCUGCUCGGGCCACUGUUAUAUUGAUUCCUCUUUUUGGACUUCAACAUUUUCUAAUCCCAUAUCGUCCAGAUAGUGGCACAACUCUUGAACGUUUUUAUCAACUAAUGUCUGUCGUACUUGUAAGCCUCCAGGGGUUUGUCGUUUCGUGUUUAUUUUGUUUUGCCAAUCAUGAUGUUGCUUUUGCAACCAGAAGUUUUUUGAAUAGAUGGUUCCCGAAUCUAGUUUCACCCCCACCACCAGGAAGCAAUACAGGUCAAAUGGCUACAACAACUCCCAGCAGAGAACUGGGAGUUUGAGGAACUAUUAUUCAUCUAUAUUUUGUAUUGUGAUUUUAUUUAUUGAUUAUCGUGAUAAUACAAUAUUUUAGGCAUAAAAUAGUACUCUGAUGUAAUAUAUACGCAUUGCAUAAACAUUUUCAUAAGGAUGUAAUACAUAAGUCCUCCCUGAAAUAUUAUAGAAUAUAAAUUUUACGCCUCUAAUUCGAAUCAGCACGGCAAAUCAAAAUUUUUUCGAGUUAGAGAAGAUAAAAUUAAAGUUGACCGAGUUGAAGGCCUUGAAAAAUUAAAUAAGACUAACUUUUGUUUUCCAAAUAAAAUGAAAAAAAAACAUACAAAUCUCUUGUUCUUAAUUAAAUU